AUGGCCUGGGGUGCCGCGAAGGCGGACGAUGGCGAGGUUAAGAGCAUCGCGCUCCGAACGCACUCCCUGAACCAGCCGUACCUCGAUUCCGACAUGGCGAGUAGAUGGUACGACUUUGGAGGAGACACUAUUAUUCGAACAGACUCCUACAUCCGCUUAACGUCCGACCGUCCGUCGCAAACGGGCUGGCUCUUUAGCAGAGUGCCUCUGACCGCGACCAACUGGGAGAUCGAAGUCGAGUUCAAGAUUCACGGCAAGAACCAGCUCUACGGCGACGGCUUCGCCAUGUGGGUGACCAAGUCUCGCGGCACCCAGGGCACUGUCUUCGGCAGCCCGGAUAACUUUGAGGGUCUCGGUAUCUUCUUCGACACGUACAAGAACAACCGCCCCGGCACCGUGUUCCCCUAUGUCAUGGCCAUGUACGGCGACGGUAAGACGGCCUACGACAAGGACAACGACGGCAAGGGCACGGAGCUCGCGGGCUGCUCGGCGCGCGGCAUCCGCCACGCCAGUGUGCCGACCAAGGCCAAGGUGACGUACUUCCAGGACAAGCAGCUCAAGCUCGAGCUGCAGUACAAGUCCGAGGGCGACUGGACGCUGUGCUUCGAGACGGAGAGCCCGCCCGCCAUCCCACAGAUCGCGUACCUCGGCUUCAGCGCUGAGACGGGCGAGCUGAGCGACAACCACGACAUCAUCUCGAUCCAGGCCAAGAACCUCUACACGACGCAGACGGGCAAGGGGUCCAGCAAGACGACGCCGGGCAGCGGCAAGGGUAAGAAGGGCUCCGGAUCUGUCAAGCAGCCCAAGGAGGGUGGCAGCUGGACGUGGUUCUUCCUCAAGGUCUUCCUCUUUUUCGGUCUCGUCGGCGGUGGCUACGUUGGCUACACUGCCUGGAGGGCGAAGAACGACAAGAGACACCGCUUUUAA